AUGGCGCAGGCAUUCUACGUACGGAAUCCUUAUCCUGUGCCGGAUGUCUCCCGGGAGGGAGCAUGGAUAUCACGCGGACCCGUGUUGGGAGAUAAAGUCUCGCCGUCGGAUAGAAACUGGAACGUCAAGUUGAGCGCCCACGAGCGUCUUUUCGCUCAUCAUACCCUGAACAGCAUCCGCAGGGAUCGCAGAUUCAUCAGACCGCAGGUUCCGGACGACGCUCUCGAUUUAGCGCUAAACAGCGUUUAUACUCACAGUCGAGACAGUCUAGUGUCAAAGCUGUACGUGCCUAUGCAACCGGAAACGCUCGGCAAGGAAACUUGGCGCGUCAUGAGAAACGAGAUUAAGAUUUCCCCGAAGCCGCCUAAACCGGAUAGACCGAUGCACGUGAGCGGUCAUUCGGACGAGGAACUUAAAUCGAUCGUUCGGGCACCUUUAUCGGCGGAUAAAUCGAGGUGUCACAGCGGGCCAACUUUGCCGCGUAGAAUUCAUCCGAGCAGCGUGAAAUUAAAUAUCGAAGGUCCUCAUAUGGACCAAUCGAAUCCCGGAUACAGUCGCAAAAUCGACGGAACUUUUUACAGUAUUUAA